AUGGCCAUCGGUUCAGAGGAAGGGCUUCGUCUCCCGAAUCCGCCGCCAUUGUUGCAUACGCGUCUGGAAGCCUUUGACCGUCCUUCGACCCCCGCUGAGCAUGGCUUCACCAGUCCGCCCCAGACUCCCCAGGGCAGUCCCAGCAAGUCUCGAUUGCCGCCUGGCGCACUCGACCUGCCCAAUGUCUUUGAUAAGGCCAUGAAGCUGACACCCACCUCCCCCUCCAAGUCGACCUACAACCAUUUCAAUCAUCCCAUGUUCGCAGGAAAGGGGGAGGACUUCAACGAGAGCGUCAUUCACCAGGCGCCCUCCAGCCCGACGCGCAGAGGAAACAAGGAGAACACACCGCCAAACCCACGCCUAACCAAGGACUUUGGCACCGCUCCAGCAGCUGCAGCUCUGUCGCGCCAAGCCCCGUAUCAACAAAGCGAUGCCGAGACAACAAGACGCCAAGUGCAGAUGCGCGGGCUGACACCAGAGGAAAUCGAGAAAUUAGCCCAACCCCGCGUCAAGCGCCUGGUCAAUGUGACCCAACUGUAUUUCCUGGACCACUACUUCGACCUCCUCAGUUACGUUCACAACCGUCAAACCCGCCACACUCAAUUCAAAGCCGCAUACCCUGAUCCUCCCGCAACCCCAGAAGAGGAACACGAACCCGCCCUACUAAAAUACCUCGGUCGCGAACGUGCCCAUCUCCGCAAGCGUCGCACCCGUCUUCGCCAGGGUGAUUUCCAGAUCCUGACUCAGGUCGGCCAGGGUGGUUAUGGACAAGUGUAUCUGGCGCAGAAGAAGGACACGCGCGAGGUAUGCGCGCUCAAGGUGAUGAGCAAGAAGCUGCUGUUCAAGCUGGACGAGAUCCGGCAUAUUCUCACCGAGCGCGAUAUCCUCACAGCCGCCAAGAGCGAAUGGCUCGUCAAGCUGCUCUAUGCCUUCCAGGAUGACACCCAGAUCUAUCUGGCCAUGGAGUAUGUCCCCGGUGGCGAUUUUCGCACAUUGCUGAACAACACCGGUGUGUUGCAUAACCGACAUGCGCGUUUCUACAUCGCCGAGAUGUUCAGCUGCAUCGACGCGCUGCAUGUGCUGGGUUAUAUCCAUCGAGACUUGAAGCCCGAGAAUUUCCUCAUCGACUCAACGGGCCACGUCAAGCUGACGGAUUUCGGCUUGGCGGCUGGUAUGCUGAGCCCCGGCAAGAUUGAGUCCAUGCGCGUCAAGCUGGAGGAGGUGGGCAACACGCCUGUUCCUUUCGGUCGCCCCAUGGAGCAGCGGACAAUGGCUGAGCGGCGGCAGGGAUACCAGUCCCUGCGCCAGCGCGAGGUCAACUAUGCCAAGUCGAUUGUCGGUUCGCCUGAUUACAUGGCGCCCGAGGUUCUCAAGGGUGACCAGUAUGAUUUCACGGUCGACUACUGGAGUCUGGGCUGCAUGCUCUUCGAGGCCUUGGCUGGAUACCCGCCCUUUGCAGGUGCGACUGUCGAGGAAACUUGGCAGAACUUGAAGCGCUGGCAGAAGGUGCUGCGCAAGCCUGUCUAUGAAGACCCUAACUAUUUCCUUUCACGACGCACAUGGGACCUGAUUACGAAGUUGGUUGCCUGCAAGGAUACGCGCUUUAAGAAUAUCAAGGAGAUCCAUGCACACGAUUACUUCUCCGAAGUUGACUUUGAGAACCUGCGUGAGCAGCGCGCGCCGUUCGUUCCUGAGUUGGACUCCGAGACCGAUGCCGGGUACUUUGAUGACUUUAGCAGUGAGGCUGAUAUGGCCAAGUAUAAGGAGGUUCAUGAUAAGCAGCGCGCAUUGGAGGAUAUGGCUGAUCGCGAUGAUAAAAUGGGCAAGGGGCUGUUUGUUGGCUUUACGUUCCGUCAUCGCAAACCAGCAGUUGACAGUGGCGGCCGCAGUUCCCCCCGUAAACCGAUCGCCACGGAUGGCACAUUCGGGACCAUGUUUUAG